CACAACCAAAGAACAACCCAACCUAACAAAACAAAACAAAACAAAAACAUAAUAACACCAAAAACACACACCAAAUAAGGUUCUUAUUUUCGUUUAAGGUUUGGUUUCACAUCUCCAACCAACACAGAUUCCAUUGUUUUUUUCAUAGUCCCAGACACAGCAAACAAACAAACAAACCCUCAAACCCUGGGACCCACCAGGUACACGUUCUCUCACAUUGAAUUUUCCAUAAAAUUCACAAUUCAGAUAAGGAGACUAUAUUAUCAAUUUAAUAUAAUUAAUUAGUAAUAUUAUAGUUAAGGAUAGAAAGAUUAAUUGAUAUAAUAAUAAAUUAAAAUUAAGAUUAAGAUAAAGAGGAGGAAUAAAAGGAAGAAGAAGAAGAAGAAAUGGAAGAAAUCAGAGGAGCAGCAGUACCAAAAUCUCUGAUGGAGAAUCUGUUAGGUCUUCUGAGGGUUCGUAUCAAGCGUGGUGUCAACCUUGCUGUUCGUGAUGUUCGUAGCAGCGAUCCUUAUCUUGUCCUCAAGAUGUACAAUCAGAAACUUAAGACUCGUGUGAUUAAAAAGGAUGUUAAUCCUGAGUGGAAUGAAGAUCUUACUCUUUCUGUUAUAGAUCCUAAUCACAUAGUUUCAUUGACUGUAUAUGAUCAUGACACUUUUAGCAAAGAUGACAAAAUGGGAGAUGCAGAGUUUGAGAUCUCAACCUUUAUAGAAACCCUGAGGAUGAAUGUUACCGGCCUAGCAAACGGCACCGUAAUCAAACGAAUACAUCCAAGCAAGCACAACUGCCUUGCUGAAGAGAGCUGUAUCUAUUAUUCCAACGGCAAAAUUAGCCAAGAUAUGAUCCUUAGAUUGCAAAAUGUGGAAUGUGGUGAAGUGGAAAUCAGUCUGCACUGGAUUGAUCUUCCUGGUUCUAGGGGUUUAUGAUUUUAUUGUGAGAUGUUUAUUCAUAAACAUCUUCUUCAUUUAUAUUUAUAUAUAUGAUGAAUUAUGCCUUCAACUAUAUGGUUUUGUGAAGUAUGGCUAGUUUUAACAAACUGCACAUUACCUUUAUUUUCAUGUCUUUUUUAUUUGUAUCCAGAUUGUAAUGUAUUUAUUAGUACAGGUGAUAAUUUUUCUUUUUCA